AAGGCAGUUAAAGAAAUGAUUGGAAAAGACAUCAAUGGAAAGAUGGUAUUUGUAGGCCGGGUACAGAAGAAAGUUGAAUGCCAGGCUGAAUUAAAACGGAAAUUUGAGCAGCUAAAACAGGAGAGAAUCAGCCGCUACCAGGGGGUGAAUCUCUAUAUUAAGAACUUGGAUGACACCACUGAUGAUGAAAAAUUAAGGAAGGAAUUUUCUCCUUUUGGAUCAAUUACCAGUGCCAAGGUGAUGCUUGAGGAUGGGAGAAGUAAAGGCUUUGGCUUUGUCUGCUUCUCUUCACCUGAUGAGGCUACUAAAGCAGUAACAGAAAUGAACGGGGGCAUUGUGGGCUCAAAGCCCCUAUAUGUUGCACUUGCACAGAGGAAAGAAGAAAGGAAAGCCCACCUAACCAAUCAGUAUAUGCAGCGUAUUGCAGGAAUGAGAGCCCUCCCUGCCAACACUAUCAUCAAUCAGUUUCAGCCAACU